UGUUUGAAUCUCAAACAAAUACCAUGCCACUCACUCACUCAGAGUAUUACUUUUCUCAAAAUGGCUGAACUGUAAAGACGUGAUAAAUAUUUUCGUUACAAUGGAGCUCAAAUACGCGAACGUGAACAAAGGAAACAACAUAUUUGCCACUGAUAUUGUGAUCCUCGAUAGUGCUAUCUACUUGGAUUCUUGUGAUACAUCGGAGGACUUGCGAGGAUCGUGUACAGCUUGGCGCACCACAUCGCCCAUCAACUUGUGUCCUAGAAUGAAUAGAUUCAUUCACCAGCCUUUUCCAUCAACUCCUAAGCGUAUCAUCUUUGGAACAAUGUCUGCGUGAGUGAUAAUGGCUUAGCAUCCUCUUGACUGUGUAUAUAUGCUGACUGUGUUAGUGAAAAGUGUGCUAAGAUGAAUAUACCUACUGUUUUAGAUUGGCGCAAUAAGCGUAACUUAAAUCAUCUUUCAGUCCAAUCCAUGAAUUAUUCCACGUAUUCUUUACCAGAUAUUACUGAAAACAAAAAUAUGAAGGGCGAAAUUUAUGAUAUGUACCAUCCGGAUAUCAAAACCUUUUCGGAAAUGGUGACAGAUAAAAAAUUCGACGGUAAAAAUGAAAAGUCGGAGCCUUGGUUGAUAAGGUCGGCCCUGCACAUGUGUACGAUGAUAUUCCGGAAGAUAUCGGGGCGCGCGAGUUCGCCGGAGCUGUCUUAUCACGACUGUGAGCCGCCCGGCCAGGAGGCGCCGACUGGUUUCUGGCAGAGCGCCAGAACUGAAAAUAAAAAUGUUGAAGCUCGUACCGCGCUCUCAGACUGGCGCUCAGACAUGAAUGGCGGCUACGACAGCGUCGUCGCGUCCUGCGAAGACAAGCUGAACAAGGUGCGACAACUUAUCAGCUCCAAAUCAGCUCCUAGUUCUCCUAAAAGCCCAGCGUACAAGUCUAGACGAAGAAGAAGAGUGUUUGUUGAGUCGAAUUUGGUUGAAGAUUGUUUUGAAGACGCCUUUAGUCCAGAAGAUUUCAUCAAUGAGAGUAACAGUGAUGGUCUAACAUUUAUUAUUCCAUAUCAAUAUCAAAAGUGUGAAGUUUUUGAAAUAGAAACUCCCAAAAUGAAGAUUGAAAAUCAAAUGACAGACCUUAACAGCCAGAAUGUGCCAGAGGAUAAAAAAGAUCUUAAUUUAAAAGUAGAUGCUGUGAAAACAGAUAUUGUUGAUUUUGUCGAGCCAGAGGCCCCGAAGAAAACCAACAUUGAAACAGUGUCUUCUUGUGAAUCAAAAAUAAUGCAGCUUCAAGCAAUGCUUAAAGAGAGACGCAAGAGGAACACUAAGACCUUGCUGAACUCUCCCGAUUCUGCUCCAGAACCGGUUAAAGAUCUUCUGACUGACCAUACCAAACCUAAAAUCAUUCCAUCUCCAAAAAUUCAGGACAAACGAUACAAAAACCGGCAUCGCCUGUCAACCGGAAAGCGAAAAAAGGCGGAAACCAGAAAAUUGAUCAAUGACGACAUGCUGUUUGCUGAUGAAAUUGCUGAAGAUCCUUCCAGCUUUAAUAGUUCUCCAAUAAUUCCUGUAGCUUUAGAUAAAUCUGUAGAAAGUCUGGGGUCUUCUGCUGACGACUGUUUUGAUGAGGUGGCCGGUCGCUUCCGCACGGCGUCCGGCACCGACAGCGACGACUCCUUCCAAGUAGUGUUCGCAGACAGCCCACGAGCGAUGCGUCCCUCAGACUGUGAGUCGGAGGACUCUUUCAUUGUCUUUGAAGACUCUCCUGACAGCUGUUACACCUCCAAUGAUGUGUUUGGGGAUGAGUCAGAUUCAGAGUCAGAAUAUUCAGACUCAGAUUCUGAAGUCAGCGACUCUGGCUGUGGAGAUUCUGAAGAGUUGAAAAUGUCUCAGAAUAUGACAAAAACAUUUGGAGAUCUGACGGACAAUAGUCUAUAUGAAGACAAGGACGAAGUGGACAAUGCGGUGAACAUUUGUGCAGAGAUCCCGAGCGAGCACCUGCAUCCGGAAUCAGCCGCGCGCGACACCGGUGUGCUGCUCAACGACGCCAAGAAACUCUUGAGGAGAAACCAGCCGCCUAAAAAGGUGCAGUUCUCGCCGCAGCCGCCGGCCGUGCUGGUGAUGCGCGUGUGGACGUUCGCGGCGCGGCAGGCGCGCGCCGGACACUGGGAGCGGCUCGCACUCGACCGCGACCGCUUCCGGCGACGGAUCGCGGACGCCGAUAUGGCGCUGUCGUGGGUGCUGAAGCCUCAACACCGAUCCAGGGUCAUGUUCCAGCGGUUCAUGCCGUGGUGGAACGCGCAGAAGAGGAAGGAGAUCGCCGACAAGAAGGAGGAGAAGAGACGGAUGGAGGAGGAACAGAGGAAGAUUGAAGAUCAGAAGAAGAUUGAAGAACAGCCGACAGAAUGUCAAGUGAAGGAGAAAGAGAAUAAUGAUAGCAAGGAAGAAGAGACAAACAAUGAAAAGGUUGUUGAACGUAACAAAAUUGAUGAGGAUCUGCCAAACAUUGGAGAUGAAAAUAGAGAAAUUGAUGGUGUUACAGCAAAUACGAAAAUUCCAAACGAAGAAUCAAAUGUUGAAAAACAUCCAGUUAACGAAAAAGGGAAUAUUGUUAGUGAUGAAAUGGAGAAACCGAUCAAUAACAGUGUUUUAUACAAAUCAGUUAGUGAAAUAAACGAAGCCAGGACUGGCGCUCACUUCGGAGUUUGAUGUCAAUCAUGCAGUUAAUGCAACAACCAAUGAAAUGGAGAUCGAAGCGUGGGACAUGACCGCCUCUGCCCCUGACGGCCGAUCGUGAAGUUGUUUCGUGAUUCAAAUCGAAAUUACAUGCCGUUAGAGCCCGUGCCAUGUAGACUGACAUCAAAUUUCGAAUCAAAUAAUAUUCUAAGCAUAUUUACUCGAAAAUGACAAAGGAGGAUGCUAAGUGCCUACAUCCAGAGACUGACUGUAAUGAAAAAGAUAAAAUUAAAAAAAAACCUUGUAAAUUAAUUGUAAGACAUGAUUAUAAUCAUUUAAACAUUAAAAACACGACUGCUGUCAAAUAUAUAGGACACCUCGCGCGCGGUGAGUUGCAAUAAAUUGAAUACCCUCCUUUUUUGAGCAGUCGCGUUAAAUUGUGUUCGGUGUUAACCACUCAGCUAAUGGUACCGCUCAAUAUUCGAGUACAAUCGGAAAAUCCUAUACUGAGUGAGGCACAGGCUGUGGUGACCACUUCCCAUCAGGAGGGCCGCACGCCAGCUUUACUGUUUGCAUAUAAUAGAGAAAUCGACUGCAUUCCAGUCGAGGCGAUUGUCUAGUUUUCAAAAUACUCAUCAUUUUCAAUAGAAAUACAGUUGAUUGUAAUCAGCGGCGUGUUUGCGAAUGCCCCAUUUAUUAGACCCCGAAAGGUAAUUACUCGUUUGAACUUUUAGAUUUUAAUUACUACAACAAUUACUAUUCAUUAGUUGAGUUGUACCGACAACGGACGCAAUAUUGUUUACGCCGCGUCACCCAAAUUGUUUUGUGAUAUCAACUUUUCCAAUGUUUAUUGUAAUUAAAACAUUUUAUAUCUGUAUGGGUACAUCAUAGUGUCUACAAUUUACAUAAUACACAUAGAUUUAACAAGUAUUUUUAAAAUUGCACAAUAUUUUUAAGUGUAUAUGUUUAGUUUCCAUUUUAUAAAGAUUACAUAAUUUUUGUUUAAUUAUAAUACUAAGUGUUGAACUUUUGAGUCGUAUGUUUAGUUUCUAGCAUUGCAUGAUAUAAUCUUUAUAAUCUGGAAAUUAUUGUUGUGUAUUGCGGUGCCUCAAAAUCAUAAGUGUUUGUGUAACUUUAAUGUAAAAAAUAAAACAAUUACAUGCAAAGGGAGGGACAUUUUUAUAACAAUAUUAAACAUUCAGAUCAGAUCUCAUUAACUUUUUAUUUCUUUACGUAUGUACUUCCAUUCGUGUGAUCGUCAAAACUGCCAAUCGAUGUGAAUUUAUUUGUAUCGUAAUAAACUGUGAUUUGAGGUAGGUAAUACAAAUUAUAUUAUACAUAGACUUAAAGUGGAUAUAUUAAUCACGGGAACUUAUAUUUUUUGCUGAAAUAUUAAUUGGAAGCCAUUUGUUUUACUUGUCCAUCCGCUUAGCCAUCUAGCUCAGAAAUAUUGUCAUUUCACAAUAUGUCCUACCGUGAUUGAUUCAUCCCGUAGCCGUAGUCGUGUUUAGUGUUAAUUGUACAAAUUGUACGUCCUUGUUCAUCGUCUAGAAUGUACCCGGCGUGUGUGGAACAUAGAUUACUUAUAUUCUUUCUCGUUAGAAAUCCUGUUGAUUCAAUGCCAAGCAAAAUUCGACCUAAUGUAAGCUUUUUAUAGCCGAAUUUAGCUUGCAUUAAUAAAUUAUCUUCAAAUGAUAAUGGACUUUUGGGUAAUAUCGUAUUGAAAUUGAUAUUGUCGAUAGUGACCAAACAUUUGAAUACAACAAAUUAACAGCGGAUGGGCACAGUAGUUCAACAUUUGUAUUGCGUAGUCUGUACGCGUGCGUCGCGUCGGCGUCUGACUUCGUCUAUUUACGUAGCCGGCAUUAGAUUAGACCCACCUUUCCUUUUGUUAAAGGUUGUGUUUUUUUAUAAAAAUAUAUAUAACGCGUGCUGAAUUCAGUUUCGUUUCAAUUAUAACUUUAAAUAUAUGAUUUAUUUACAAAACGUGCAGAAAAUGUUCUCCGAAGGAUAUAUACAGAGGAAGUAAUAGGCAUUUAGUUUUAUUGUUGUGUUUUGAUGUUUUUCUAUUUGUGAUAUCAAAUACGAUCCUUGUAUAGUAUUAACUGUGGGUUGCUAAGUUGUAAAUUUGAUGUAAAUAAUGUAUAUUCUUACAUGUUUUUGUAAAAGGUGUUCGGAAAUAAAUAACAUAGAAAAAUAAACAAA